AUGAUUUCUGUUAUGCUGGACUCUCUCCUACAGCCUCCUUCUCAGGUCUCGCUUUCUGUGCGGCAUGAACCCACUGAUCAGUUGAGCCUUAUUUCAAAGGCGCUCAUCUCUCUGGGGAGUCGAGCCCUCGCCUGUGCACUCUCAAAAUUCUUGGGAUUCUCCGGGGGUCUUGCCUUGGCGAUUGUUUUUGCCACUUCUGCCAAUGCUUCUUCUAGCUGGACUGACGCUCUGAAUUCCCAUUCAACGUCAAGCUCGCCCUCCUUGACGCGGGUCCUCUUUGGAUCUUCUGAAAUGGAAACGGAGGACACGGGCACGUCCGUCAAUGACAGAGUUGCACGGCCUGUUCCUCCCGCUAAUCCAGUAGCUUCCGGGGAGGCUGAAGCCGGUCCAUCUCAUGUCGUGCCCUUUCCUUAUGACGAGGAUGAGGUCAUAGGGGGGGAUUCUGUUCUUUCAAUACAGAAUAGACUGUUGGCCAAUCACCGCUCUCCGGCUGCCGAGGUCAUCCAAUGGGCCCGUAUAAAAGCGGAAGAUCUUUUCGAGGUCAAGGUGGAUAUCAUCCGGCAGAUGAUACCCCUUGAUCCGGAAGGAGAUUGGCUGCGACGAGGGGCUCGCGCUCUCGAGAAUCCCCGUACCCUCACGGGGGAGGAGUCGUUGGAGAAACUGCAGAUUCUAUGUGACAAGCUUCGCCAGCGCGACUCGGAGACCAUCUUUAGGGACAAUGUAUUCCGGAGAAGAGAUAACGACGCCGAAUCCAUUACGUAG